AUGUUCCUAUCUAUCUAUCUAUCUAUCUAUCUAUCUAUCUAUCUAUCUAUCUCAGCCUGUUCAUAUGUAUUUGUUCAUAUCUAUCUCAGUCUCCUGUUCAUAUCUAAGUCUGUUCAUAUCUAUCUCAGUCUGUUCAUAUCUAUUUCUCUCUCUCUGUCUCCUCACUUUCUCUCUCUCUCUCUCUCUCUCUCUCUAUAUAUAUAUAUAUAUAUAUAUAUAUAUAUAAGUCUGUUUAUAUCUAUCUAUCUAUCUAUCUAUCAGUCUGUUCAUAUUCAUCUAUUUCAUCUAUUUAUAUCUAUUCAUCUAUCUAUCUAUCUAUCUAUCUAUCUAUCUAUCUAUCUAUCUCAGCCUGUUCAUAUCUAUCUCAUCUGUUCAUAUCCAUCUAAUUAUCUCUGUCUAUUCAUAUCUAUCUAUCUAUCUAUCUAUCUAUCUAUCUAUCUAUCUAUCUAUCUCAGCCUGUUCAUAUCUAUCUCAGUCUGUUCAUAUCUAUUUCUCUAUCUCUCUUCUCUCUCUCUCUCUAUAUAUAUAUAUAUUAAUCUGUUUCUAUCUAUCUGUCUAUCUCUGUCUAUUCAUAUCUAUCUAUCCAAAAUAUAUUUGUCUAUCUCUCGAAACAGAUGCAGUCGAAGAGAUAUAUUUAAAGCAGUACUCAUUCGACAAUAUCUCUGUAAACAGAGGUGA